UAGCUCUUCAAUCCGACAAUCCGGUUCAAAUUCAGUUAUACUGUCAAUUUAAACCAAAAUUUGAAUUAAAAUCCAAAGGGGUAGUAGCUCUUCAAUUCGACAAUCCGGUUAAAAUUCAGUUGUACUGUGAACCCAAGUCGGUUUUUCGAUAAAGGAGAGCCGACCGAAACCGGGCGGGUUUCGCAGAGGGGAGGACGUCCCAUAAUUUAUCUUCUUCAUUAUCAUCUGCAGCUGCAGAUGUAAAAGAAAAGGCUGAUCUUCGCCCCCAUUCAUUAGUACGAGGAAUCACCAACCCAGUGAUGCUGAAAUCAACAUUCACCCCCAUUUUUUCAUCCUUCCCCUCCAAAACCACUACCCUCCAGAAAUUCCCAUCCUACUCGGUUAUUAGUAAUUCAUUCACCCAAUCUGCACCACCUAUUCACCAAAAUUCCUCAGUCAGCGCACCCACCGUGACCAUAAUCCCACCUCUUCAACACCACCCUCCAACUUCAGCUUAUGUCCACCUCCCCUUCUGUCGCAAACGCUGCCACUACUGUGACUUCCCAAUAGUUGCUCUGGGCUCUGCCAACCCAACUGAUGACGACCCACGAAUCUCCAACUACGUAGAAUUGCUUCGGCGAGAAAUAGUUUCAACGAUACCAGAAUUCAAUAUUCACCCACCUCUUGAAACUGUCUUCUUUGGAGGUGGCACGCCUUCUUUAGUGUCUCCAAGGCUAGUUUCCUCGAUUUUGGAUACAUUGAGGGGGAAGUUUGGAUUCCUUGAGGAUUCUGAGAUAUCAAUGGAAAUGGAUCCUGGGACCUUCGAUUCUAACAAGAUGAAAGAUCUGAUGCGGUUGGGUGUGAAUAGAGUGUCAUUGGGAGUGCAGGCGUUUCAAGAGGAGUUGCUGAAAGCUGGUGGGAGAGCACAUGGUGUUAAGGAGGUAUAUGAGGCACUUGAGAUUAUGAGAUCAUGUGGUGUUGAGAAUUGGAGCAUGGAUCUUAUCUCCUCUCUCCCGCACCAGACUCCACAAAUGUGGGAGGAGAGCUUGAGGUUGACAAUUCAAGCACAGCCUAAGCAUGUUUCUGUUUAUGAUUUGCAGGUUGAACAAGGCACAAAAUUUGGAAUCUUGUAUACACCAGGGGAGUUUCCUCUACCAUCAGAAACACAGUCUGCUGAUUUUUAUAGAAUGGCUUCGCAGAUGCUUUCUGAUGCUGGUUACAGCCAUUAUGAAAUUAGCAGUUAUUGCAAAGAUGGGUUUGAGUGCAAGCACAAUUUUACAUACUGGAAGAACAAGCCUUUCUAUGGGUUUGGCCUUGGUUCUGCUAGUUAUGUUAAUGGAGUGAGGUUUUCAAGGCCAAGGAAGAUGAGGGAGUACAUGGAUUAUGUGCACAAUUUGGAGAAUGGGGCAGUGGAUUGUUAUGGGAAUAAUCAUCUUGAUGCCAAGGACUUAGCCAUGGAUAUUCUGAUGCUGUCGCUUAGAACUGCUAGAGGUCUCGAUUUAAGGUCUUUUACAGAUGUAUUUGGUGGCUCGCUUUUCUAUUCUCUUUGUAAGGUCUAUAAACCUUACAUUGAAAGUGGGCAUGUGGUUUGCUUAGACGAGGAAAGAAGAGCCAUGACUGCAGAUGAAUUCAACAAUUUGUUUACACAUGAAGAUGAGAUUUCAAGCAGACUGGCUUACAUUCGGCUCAGUGAUCCAGAUGGUUUCUUGUUAUCAAAUGAGUUGAUAUCCCUUGCAUUUGGGGUCAUAGCUCCCUAGAACUGCAAUCCUUCAGGAACCCAGGACAGGAGGUAAUUAAGAGUGGAUCGGGCGGAUGAUCUUACGUGCUGAUAAGCAUUCUGAAAAAUGGUUUGCUAAUUAUUUAUUCCAAGUUGACCUUAUCUUUGCAAGAAAAAGCAGUUUGGUUUUUUAAACAGAAGAGGUGCUUUGCAAUUAACUGCAGGGGCACACCAGGCCAUAAGCAACGGUAGUUGGACAGUAUACAAAACCAUGAUUGAUACAAGCAGACUUUGAUGAAGUUAUCUGGAGAAUGAAGAACUUGACCAACCAAGUUUAUGACAAACUGGUUAUCUGUGUUUAAGACACAUGAAAUGUCAAAAUCUCAUGUUGGAGAAUUAAGUUAAAAUCCGCUACAGCCGUUAUUAUUAUUCUUAUUACUGGCAAAGCACUACAGCCAGAAUUAGCUGUGGUUUUUAAGCA